AUGAGUUAUGUUUCAAGAGAACGAGAGACAGAAGAAGUUAUGAAAAGACAACAACAAGAAAUAGAAGAAAAAGAGAAACUUCUUAAACAACAAGAACAAGCAUUUGAAGAAGAGAAAAGAGCUAUGAAUUGUAAUCUCCAAGAGCAGAUGGAACAACAGAAAAUAGAACAUCAAAGGGAAUUAGAAAGGAUGAAACAAGAGCAAGAAAAUAUGAGAUUAGAACAAGAACAAUUAAGACAAGCACAACUAAAAGAAUUGGAAGAACAAAAACAACAAAUGAUGAAAGAACAACAACAAAUGAAAGAACAACAAGAACAAGAGAAAUUAAGAAUGCAACAAGAAUUAGAACACAAUCAAAAAAUGAUGGAGGAACAAAAACGAAGAAUGAUGGAAGAACAAGCAAGAAUCAAACAAGAAAGUCAAUGUCCACCAAUGCAAGGAUUUCCACAACAACCACCAAUGCAAGGAUUUCCACAACAACCACCAAUGCAAGGAUUUCCACAAGAAAAUCAAUAUCCACCAAUACAUGAAAAUCCACCACAAGCACCAAUUGGACAAGGAAAUGUUUGUUAUGUAGAAUUUGGAGGACCUGUUCCACCACAAGCACCUAUGGGAAUAGGAAACAAUGGAUAUAUGGGAUUUGGAGCAGUCGAACCAAUGGGAGGAAAUAUUUAUCCACCUGGACAUCCAUUAUAUGGAGUUAACACAACAACAAGUUAUCCAUAUUACUAA